AUGAAGCCCGACCCCGAUACUGAGAAGCCAAGGCCUUCGAUCGCAAGAUCGUCAUCUUCAAGGGUUGUUGAUGGAGCUUCAUCUUCGAAGCCUACAGAAGCUCCAAAGCCAUCUGGAUUUCUUUGGAAAGACAGUGAAGAUCUCACCCAACGAGAUCGAGUCGACAUCAAACAGCAAGCUGUUCUCGAUGGCCUCAGGCUGGGAGAGAAGGUGAGCAGAAUCUUGAGAAGCCGAACCGAUGGCCAGAAUCAAGACGAUGGCGCUCAAGGUCUUGAAGAUUGGGCGAAGCGAUUCGAAAGCUUUAUCAAGGAGCUGGAUAAGCUGUUUCGGAACCUGAAGUACAAGAGAGAUCUCCGAAAGAGGAUGGAGGAGAGCCCAGGCGACAGCGAGCUGCAGGAGAUCGAAGGUCAGCUCGACGACAUCGAAGCGACCAUGUCUGGAACCCUGGAGACAAUACUCCUCCUCUUCGGACUCAAAGAAGAGGAUUUGAAUAUCACCUCAACGGAGGAGUUUCUCAACGCUCAUCCUUUGUCUGUCUUGGGGACCAUGAACGAAAUCAACGAGACAGAUCGGGAGACUUUCGUCAACAAGGUAAAGCCGUUCAUGGAGUCGAAACCUGAGGAGCUCGCCGGUGGAUUACUGAUGCUAUGGCCUCUGAUUGAGCAUGUGACAAUCUUUGUGAAGUCUGACAUCCUCAAAUACGGCCUCGAGCUUCUUGACUUACCUGGCAUAGGCGAUGCAGUAGAGGCUCGUUCAAGGGUCGCAGAGAGCUUUUCACAGGAGCUUGACAUUACGGCCAUGGUCUCAUCUACUAUUCGUGCCAUGGAAGAAAAGGAUGUGACCGGCUUCAUCAGGAAACGACAAGAGACUGAGAUGAAGAUGAAUGGAAAGUUCGAUCGCAACUCACUGUGCGUAAUUCUUUCGAAGAGCGAAGACGUGGACCCCAACCAAUACCUCCGUAGUAAAUGGAUCGCGAAAGAUUAUCCAUUUAUUCUGGGACACGUCGAUCGAGCAAAGGAACUUGAUAAACGCAUCCGGACAUCCGGAUCGAACAACGAUACCACCGCGAGUAAUUCUGCGAGUGAGAUUGAGAAAGCCCGAGAAGAGCUGUCGUCCCUCAGAGAAUCCCUCAAACAGGCUGCGAUCUACAUUCGAGGUGGAUGUGUUGUGGAGCGUGUUCAGAAAGACUUCCGCGGGCGACAUGCAGCCACAAAAUCAGUUGAGGACGACCCAGCUCAAGCAGACACUUUGGAAGUAUUUGCUACCAGUGCUCGAUCGUUUCAGGGCAUUCGACACGCUGGGAGCCUGCAAGAGGCAGGGUUUCCGACCGAAAAGCACACAGGGAUCCCUCGGCUCAAGCAGUGGCUGUUCGAGGCAACAAUGAAGAAGCGAGAGAAUCAUCUCGAUAAAAUUCUCAAUCAGAUGCGGAUAUUGUUCUCGAAUAUCCAAGACUGGAUCUCUAUGGGCGAACACACGGCAGUCUUAGCGGAACCGGAGCAGCGGGAUCUCGAUGCUAUACAUGAAAGGCACUGCCGAGCACUCGUCACCCUGAUGAGGGGAGUGGUCAAGAUGAUGAAACAGAUCAAGCCCCUUAAAGCGAAGGCAGCAGCAAUCGCUGAGUGUCAGAAGGAGUUUCCGGGAAUAAUCGACCGAUGGCGCUACGUAUUUCCCGAAAACCCCAAUUCCUUUCGCAAAGCCUUUGGAAAUACCCAGACGUGCAAUCUGCGGAAGAAUGGCGACUAUCAUCAGAGCAAGGGGAAGUAUGCGUGCAAGUACGAGUGGAUUGACAAUCUUUCUAGUGUCUUCUUCAACGAGCAGAUACUCAGCGAUUGGCAUCAUGCCUUUGCCGUUGCUGUGCCUAACAUUGAAGUCGAGAUUCAAGAAUUACUAGAACAUGCCUGGAAGCGGUACAUGACAGCCCUCGAAACUUUCUGCGCCAAGCACAACGCCGCGCACCUCAGAAGUACUGAAAAGGUGCAGCAAGUUAUCGAAAAUGCUGAGCAAUACCUGGGAAUUCUCGCUCAUGCGGUCCUUGAAAACAUGCAGAAUGGUGCACAGGAUGUCCAUCCACGUUUUCGGGCAGAGAUCCAGAGUCGAAUGACACCUGCAUUCGAGGAGGCAUGCGCUAUCAAAGGAGAGGGAUGUGUGCGCAAGCGAGACGAAGUGUUGAAGAGGUUCUCUGAUGCCCAUGCCAAAGACCUGCCUGUCUGGGCCUUCGAGAAGAUGGAAACAGCGCUAGAAGAUCUGAUGAAGCAGACUUACAGCUCGCUGGAAGGUAUUGCCGCCGAAGCCGUCUCAAACGUGGCAAAGCGAAUCGGAGAAAGCUAG